AUGACGACGCCCGCAAUCAACAAGGACACCUUCUUCAGGCGAAUCCGGCAGCUGUAUGCGGCCUGGAAUAAGACAUGGCUUUUUGGCUACGAGCUGCACGACUUUAUCCUCGUCCUCACCAAGAAGUCGAUCCUCAUUCUCACCUCGAAGAAGAAGAUCGAGUUCCUGAAGAGCAUCGAGUCGAGCAAGGAGAAUGAGGAGGGCGUGCCGCCGGUGACGCUGCUCGUCCGCGAACGGGCCGACAAGGACGCGGCCAACUUUGAGCGCCUGCUGGGCGCCCUCAGCACCGGCGCCACCGUGGGCGUCUUCGCGAAGGACCAGGCGGAGGGCGAGUUCACCGACGACUGGAAGGCCCGCCUGGACGGGAAGAAGCUGGAGACGGUGGACAUCAGCGUCGCCCUGGUCUACCUCACCGCCACGAAGGACGAGUCCGAGGUGGCGCUGAUCAGCAAGUCGGCGCAGCUCACCGACGACCUCUACGGGAACUUCUUCUGCCGCGAGAUCGAGCGCAUCUGCGUCUCCGAGCGGAAGAUCAAGCACUCGAAGCUGGCGAAGCUGGUGGAGAAUGCGAUCAACAACGCGAAGUACAUCAAGCCGGCGGACAGCAACUGGCUGGACGCCUGCUACGAGCCGAUCAUCCAGUCGGGCGGCAACUACAGCCUCAAGUUCAGCAUCACCAGCGACGAGAAUACGCUGCACUUCGGCGUGGUCACCUGCUCUCUGGGCUUCCGCUACAAGAGCUACUGCUCGAACCUCAUUCGCACGCUGCUCUUCAACCCGACGGAGGAGCAGAAGCGCCUCUACGAGUUCCUCCUCGAGGUGCAGGAGGCGGUGCUGGACCGGCUGCGGGCCGACGUCCGCCUCGCCGACGUCUACCGGGCGGCGGUGGAGAAGGUGGAGCAGUACGACAAGCGGCUGCUGGAGAAGUUCACGCCCACCGUCGGCUUCGGCAUGGGCAUUGAGUUCCGCGAAAGCCUCUUUGUGCUCGCUCCGAAGAGCAAGCAGGUCGCCCGCAAGAACAUGAUCUUCAACGUGGCACUGGGCUUCACCGGCCUGGAGAACAAGGAGGCGGCUGAUAAGGAGGGGCGGACGUAUGCGCUCUUCAUUGGCGACACGGUCCAAGUUAAUGGGCCGGACGCUCCCGCCACCUGCCUCUCGACGUACAAGAAGAAGGUGAAGAACGUCAGCAUGAUGAUUCAGGACCCAGAGGAGGAGGAGGAGGAAGAGGAAGAGGAGGAGGAUGAUGAUGGUGACGACGCCUAUGGGCGGGGGCGGCGGACGGCGGUGGUGGAGAAGAAGCUGCGGUCGGAGCCGACCACCGAGGACAAGCGCAAGAGCCACCAGAAGGAGCUGGCGGAGUCGCUGAACGAGACGGCCCGCGCCCGCCUUGCGGAGAAGGCCAGCGGCAACGUGGAGGCGCGCUCGCGCAAGUCGAACGUCAGCUACAAGGCGCCCUCGCAGAUGCCCUCCGCCGUGGAGAUCGGCGAGCUGAAGAUCUUCGUCGACAAGAAGUACGAGACCAUCAUCCUGCCCAUCUUCGGCCUCCCCGUGCCCUUCCACAUCAGCACCAUCAAGAACAUCUCGCAGUCGAUUGAGGGCGACUACACCUACCUGCGCAUCAACUUCUUCACCCCGGGCACGACGAUCAGCAAGGCGGAGGCGGCGCUCUUCAGCAGCAACGCCGACAGCACCUUCCUCAAGGAGCUCACCUACCGCAGCACCAACCUGAAGGAGGCGGGCGAGAUCAGCGCCCCCUCCACCAACCUCAACACCGCCUUCCGCCUCAUAAAGGAGGUGCAGAAGCGGUACAAGACCAGGGAGGCGGAGGAGCGCGAGAAGGAGGGCAUCGUCAAGCAGGACAACCUGGUGCUGGCCAACAGCAAGACCAAUCCCAAGCUGAAGGACCUGUACAUUCGGCCGAACAUCAUCACCAAGCGCAUUCACGGGACGCUGGAGGCGCACCAGAACGGCUUCCGCUUCACCUCCAUUCGCAGCGACAAGAUCGACAUCAUGUACAACAACAUCAAGCACGCCUUCUUCCAGCCCUGCGACAAGGAGAUGCUCAUUCUGCUGCACUUUAACCUCAAGAACCCGAUCAUGUUUGGGAAGAAGAAGCAGACGGACGUGCAGUUCUACACUGAGGUCGGCGAGAUCACCACCGACCUGGGCAAGCACCAGAACAUGCACGACCGGGACGACCUCGCCUCGGAGCAGGCGGAGCGGGAGAUGCGGCAGAAGCUGAAGGCCGCCUUCAAGCUCUUCUGCGACAAGGUGGAGCAGAUGACCAACCAGGCGGUGGAGUUUGACACGCCCUUUCGCGACCUGGCCUUCUUCGGCGUGCCGAAUCGCUCCAAUGUCCUCCUGCAGCCCACCAGUGGCUGCCUGGUGAAUCUCACUGACUGGCCGCCCUUUGUCAUCUCGCUGGAGGACGUCGAGCUGGUCCACUUUGAGCGCGUCCAGUUUCAGCUGAAGAACUUUGACAUGGUCUUCAUCUUCAAGGACUACCACCGGAAGACGUCCAUGGUCACCUCGAUUCCCAUGAACAUGCUCGACCACGUCAAGGAGUGGCUUAACUCCUGUGAUAUCCGCUACACCGAGGGCAUUCAGAGCCUGAACUGGGCGAAGGUGAUGAAGACGAUCACCGACGACCCGGAGGAGUUCUUCGACAACGGCGGCUGGAAGUUCCUCGACCCGAACAGCGGCGACGAGGGCGAGGAGGAGGACGAGGAGGAGGAGGAGGACGACUACAAUCCCUCGGCGUCGGAGGGCGAGGAGGUGGAUGACGAGAGCGAGUCGGACUUCUCCGAGGACUCGGACGCCUCGGAGGGGGACGAGAGCGAAGAGAACUCGCUCGCCUCGAGCGAGGAGUCCGGCAAGGACUGGUCGGAGCUGGAGGAGGAGGCGGCGAAGGCGGACCGCAACCACAACGACUUUGUCGACGACUACACGCGCAACAAGCGCAAG